GGAAAGAGGACCGUACACAGUAAUUACUGGCGUGAGGGGACUUAUUCCAUAGGGACUGUGCUGGGCUGACCCGUGCAGGUAUGACCCAAUGGAUCUACAGACAGACAACAUGGCUCUUAUUCUGGAAAAUGAGCAGUUCUUCAAAACUUCUUACCAAGAACCAGAAGAUGGCUUGAUAUCUGUUCCCAUUAGAGUGAGACCCUCCUGGCAAGAUGUGAAAGACGACAAAUUGAUGAAGACGACAGGCGACAGCUUUCUGGUGACCCACGUUAAUCAGACUCAAGAUCGGCUGAGACUGACAGCAGCAGAGAAUGGUCUGAACGAUGCACAGUGUUCUGAAGAAUGGCUUCUCCAUCAUGGUAUAGACUCCAGGCAUCUCACCAUCCAAGAUCUACUAAACCUGGGGAGCAUUGUCAUGAAACCAUCAAGAAAUGCAGCCAAGCAAAUUGAACUAACUGCAGAGACCGUAAAUGAAUUUGAAUUGAAAAUUCAGGAGGCAAUCGAUUACUUCCAUAGACGAAUUCACUGGUUAAUGGAAGGCAGCAGAAAGAUGUUUGGACUUGUUCUGGGGAAAAAUGUAGGUCUGCUGAUCGAUUCAUCACAUUUAAACUGCGGUCCAAGGAGAAUGGAUUUCUUAAGAGGCCUUUUGUGCCUUGUAGAUGAGCAGCUGUGCUACAAAGACAAGAUUUUUCUGAUGUCGUUUGGAACUGAUGUCUCGUGUCCAUGGGAAUAUCCAAAAGAUGUCAACAUUCGUGUAUUACAUGAAGCAAGACAGUGGAUUCAAGAGAUGCAGCCUCGAGGUGGCUGUAACUUACUCCUAGCAUUACGGAAAGCUUUGCAGAUCCAGGACCUGGAUACUCUUGUGGUUAUCGUUAGCAACUGCCCUGACCAGACAUCAGAUGUCCUUUCUGACUACUUGCUGCAGUGCACCAUGGGGAAAAGUCUUAAAAUCCACCUAGUUGCAUUUGAUAGCAUUGGGCAGGCUGAUUUACAGGCAAUGGCUGAAUCAGUUGGAGCACAUUUUCAUUGCUUCUCUUCAUGGAAAGAGGAUGAAAUUUAUGCAAGCACCGAUAUUAAGUUAAUAUUCAAAGAGGUUCAGAAAGCAGUAGGCAUCUUGAACAAGAUCAAGGAGCUGCGGCAAGGAAAACUGGAUGACACUUUUAUCAGUAUAAUACAAAAGAUAUCAACUGAGGUUGCCAAAAUACCUCCCUCUGCAUUUCUUCCAAAACCACCCAAUCACAAUGCACCACUGAAUAUAAACAUACCCAAUUUUUCACCCAGAACAUCUGCUGAAUGGCUGAAGAAAAAUGGACUGAAAGCCAAAAAGAUGACCCUCUAUCAAAUACUAGCUCCUAAUGCAUAUUCCGCGCUGGAGGAAUUUGUGCCCAUACUUCAAAAAACUGUCUCAUCUACACUUCUCGAGCGAGCAAUGAUGCAGUUUGAAUGGUAUGAUGGAACAGUUAAAAACAUUCAUGUGGAUCUCCCGGUGCUUUAUGAAUACCAGAAAAACUUAGCCAAAGUGACACGGACCUACGAGAAAAGAAUAGACUGGCUCACAAAGGGAAGCCGAAAAAUGUGGGGAACGGUUUGUGAAAAAAGGGUUGUGCUGCUUGUGGACUUAUCACUUGAGAACGCCUUGCACACUAUACAUAUUCAGCACGCUCUGCGGCUUUUACUGGAGGAACAAAUGGCAAACAAGGAUUUAUUUAACAUUAUAGCAUUCGGGGGUGAUGUACACUUUUGGAAGGAAAGAAUGGUUCCCACAACAUCUGAAAAUUUGCAGAGUGCAUGGAAGUGGGUUCUGACUUUGGAGUGUGAAGGCAGCAGAAAUACUCUCGGUGCAAUUAAAGAAGCAAUAGAGUGCAACUUCGUUGAUCAGGAAAACCAAGAAUCUCAGGGAAUGUAUUUAUUUACUAGUGGUAUUCCAGAUCAGGAAGUGAAUGCAGUUCAUGCCUACCUGUCAGAGGCUGUCAGCGGGUGUGAUCUGCAGCUCCACGUCUGUCUAUUUGCAACCGGUGAACACAGUGACAAUGACAGAGGUGGCACAGCUUGUGUCCUACAGGACUUAGCUCAUGUCACUAAUGGAAGGUUUCAUUGGUUUGAUGACAAAGGUGUGAUUGAAAGUGAUGACAUAAGUUCACUUGUUUCUGAGAUGGAAAAAGCAGUUAACUUCUCUAAAAAGUGUGCCUACUUGGUGGAAUCAUUAAAAUAUCGCACCGGGACUAAAGAUGAAAGCCUAACUCCUGCAGACGCUCCUGCAGUUUUGUAUGAAAAAGAGAAGCAGAAACCGAAAAAACUCCCUCUACCAAAACCAACAGCUCUGACGCUUGCUAGAAUGGGUAUUAGAGAUGAGGACGAAGGAAAGAAGGAUGCCAACAUGAAAGCAUUGAUGUGGCGACCAAAUAGUGCCAAGGCUGAUAUUCCUCCAGCUCAAGCUUUAAAAGACUGGACCUUUUCUUAUGGCAAGAAGGUGAAACUAAGGAAACAGCAGAAACCGUCCGUCAGUUCCUUUUAUACUGAAAAUGGGAAGGAUAUUGGGGUGGUGUACAAAGAUUAUCCAAAGACCAAGACUGUAAGGAAGUCUAUCCCUUUUAUUGUGUUACCCAAGGAAGAAGAAGUCUGUUCUACCAAAGUGUGGUUGAAGAAGUUUGGUUUGAAGAAGCUGAAGUUGGAGCUUACCAAACUGGUGUUUGGCCCCGAUUGCACUCACCAGAAAAAGCUGGUACCAGCUUUACAUAAGAAAGUCUCGGCAAAGUACUGCACCAUUUUCCCCAGUGUGGAGAUGAAUGGAAUUGUGAAGCAUCUUCAGUUUCAGCCCAAGGAAUUAGAGGAAUAUAUUGAACAACUUGAAAAAACUUUAAAGCGCUACAUUCAACGCCUUCAGUGGCUUCUUUCAGGGAGUCGUCGACUGUUUGGCAGUAUAUUGGAGAACAAAGUGUGUAUACUUAUUGAUGCAUCCAGUUCCAUGGCUCCCUUUUUGGCAGAACUACAGAAGGGGUUAAUAUCACUACUGUGGGAACAACUAAAGCCAAGAAAUAUUUGGUUCAAUAUGAUCAGCUUUGCUGAAAACAUUGAGGCAUGGCAGGAGUGCUUGGUGGAGGCCUCUGAUGAAGCUUGCCAAGAUGCAGUGCAAUGGCUUUCCAGGCUACAGCCCCGGGGAAACACCUGUAUUCUUCAUGCUUUGGAGAAAGGUUUUGCUUAUCCAGAUGUACAAAGCGUCUACCUCCUGACAGACGGGAAACCAGACGUUACCUAUAACCUCUUGCUGGCAGAACAUCUUUUAAAGUCUCACAAUAUUAAAGUGCACACUGUUUCUUUCAAUACUUCAGAAAGAUCAGGAAAUGAAUUCCUGAAGCGGUUAGCCACUCUGUCUGGAGGGAGAUACCAUUCUCGACAUGGGGAUAUGGAUGGACACUACGUUGCACACAGGAUGCUGACUGAAGGCUUCACCGAUGAAGAUGAUCCAGUCCUCCCUGUGUUUGAAGGAGAUGAUUUAAAACGACUUGCAAAAGAAAUAGACACAGCUCGCCACUUUGUCACCCAAGCCAGAUCUUUCCAGUAUGUUUUGGCCUGCUGCAGGGGUGGCUCCAUCGUGUUCCACUUUAGUUGCCCCCCUGCGGGCGCAUACUCAAGUACCUGGCAGCCACCCAGUCCCCACUUAAAGCUGCUUCCGCAGUGGAACUCCGGUAGUCCCACGGUCCCCGUGUUGAGUCUGCCGAAGGGGUGGUCACUGCUGCUCCUGAAGACUUUGGAAGGGGUCAUCGUUCCGGAAUCAAAACGCUUUCAGGGGUUCUACUCGAACCUGUUUACGGUUCCCAAGAAGGACGGUUCGCUCCGCCCAAUCCUGGACCUGAAGGCGCUCAAUCACUUUGUUCGUGUCCGUCAUUUUCACAUGGAAUCCCUGCGGUCGGUGAUCGCCUCCUUGGAGGCGGACGAGUUCCUGUCGUCCAUAGACAUUCAGGACGCUUAUCUACACGUCCCCAUUGCCCUCUCCCAUCAAAAGUUCCUUCGCUUCUCGGCCGAAUUUGAUAAGGGUCUUCGCCUGGCUACUCUCAGGGGGCAGAUUUCGGCCCUCUCGGUCCUCUUCCAGCAUCCUGUGGCCUCGCGGGCCCAGGUUAGGACUUUUCUCCAGGGUGUUGCUCGCCGAGCCCCUCUUUUUCGCUUUCCGGUGGAGCCAUGGGACCUGAAUCGCGUCCUGGACGCCCUUCAGUCAUCGCCCUUCGAGCCCUUGGCAGAGAUCUUCCUGUCGUUUGUCUCGUUUAAGGUGGCCUCUCUUCCUCAUGGCUGUCACAUCCAUCCGCCGGGUUUCCGAACUUGCGGCUCUUUCUUGCCGUUCGCCUUUCCUGGUGUUCCAUCAGGACAAGGUGGUUUUGCGUCCUGUUCCCUCCUUUCUACCGAAGGUGGUUUCCUCGUUUCAUAUUAA